UUCAAAUGAUGUGUCCAUAAAUCAAAUCCUCCCCAUAAACAAAACAAAACCUCCUGUUGCUGCGCGUAAAUCUCCUAUCUCUCUCUAGAUUUCGUCUCCUUUAGAAUCUAAACAGUCUCUCUCGUUUCACUUUUUACUUCUUUCUCUCUCUCUUUGUAGACUCCAUCUUCUUCUGGUUUCGUGUGUUUAGACAAGGAAAGGAAACGACUUUGGUUUUCUUUUUUGUUUGUUUGUUUUGAAGACUCUCUUCCUCCAUCCUCCAUGAAUUUGUAUACAUCAAGAGUUUUAACAAGGCAAACCAUUUCUUUCUUUUCUGCGUCUCUUUCCCUCUCUCUAUAAAACACUUGGUAUAUUUUGAGGAGUGAAAAAGUUGACAAUCCAAUCCAAGGGUCAGAAAUAUACUUAUGCGACCCCAUUUUACCCUUCUAACUCAUGCUUCCCUUUCGUCGCGUAAAGUUAGAGAUCUCUUCUUUCUUCCAAAUUUCAGGCUAGCAAUUCGACAACUUGAACGCCAAUAGUUUGAGAUUAGAAGUUGAAUUGCGGUUGCAAUGAGAAGCUGAAGUUAAACUGUGGCAGUUCAUACAAGGAUUUUAAUGAUGGAUUGAAGGUCAAUUGGUAGAUGGAUUCUGUCAAAAUGGAUCACGACGGUGAGCACCUUACUGAAGACACAUCUGCCGAGCUUUUGCUUUUUCCAAGGUAUGAUAUCUUCGGGGAACCAGAAGUAGUUCCUCGAGUUGGAGAUCAGUACCAGGUGGAAAUUCCAGAAAGAGAAAGGGAAUCGGACAACUUCAAGAAUACCGCAUCUCAUUUCGAAACAGCUGGUACUAGUCAUUCUUCACCAAUGAGAUUAUCCAUCCCAGUUAUGUGGGUGUAUGAUCAAGUUGAUGAUAUCAAACUUGAAGGGAUAAAAUUGCAACGGGCCCCAGAUGGUAGAAUGGGUGCAAAUAGGUCUGAAAGGAAAGCCAGGCACAAAUAUUCAGACCAUAAAGGUAUUAAAGCUAAAGUUGAACCUUUUGUGAAAUUGGAUAGUAGAGAAAAUAGUACAUUAGCUGGCAACCGGAUGGAUGCGGAUUUACCCUCAAUGAAUGAGAAAUGUGACUUAGUUGCCAAAAAUUACUGUCCAGUUCCAGGUUUGGUAAGCAAUUCCUGGAGGGAUGUUGAGAAGGAUAGAUUUCUCCUUGGUCUUUAUAUUUUUGGGAAGAAUCUUGUUCAGGUGAAGAAAUUUGUUGAAAGUAAACAGAUGGGUGAUAUACAGUCAUAUUACUACGGGAGAUUUUUUAGGUCUGAUGCACACCGUCGAUGGUCAGAAGGCAGGAAGAUAAGAAGCAAAAAAUGUGUACACGGGCAAAAGAUUUUCACUGGAUUGCGGCAACAAGAACUGUUAUCACGUUUGCUUCCCCAUGUUCCCAAGGAGUGCAGAAAUGCUUUCAUGGAGAUGCAGGUGGGGAAGAAAUUAACAGAUGGUACAAUUACGCUCGAGGACUAUGUUUCUAUGAUGAAGGAAACAGUUGGCAUAGAAACACUGGUAGAAGCUGUGGGAAUCGGCAAGGGUAAGCGAGAUUUGACUGGCAUUUCAGACUCUGUAAGGAGCAACCAAGCUAUCCCUGUUCGUCAAGAAAUUCCAACCGGCAAAGAGUGUAACUCUCUUACAUCUGCGGACAUCCUUAAGUUUUUAAACGGUGAUUUCCGUUUAAGCAAAGCUCGGUCUAAUGAUCUAUUUUGGGAAGCCGUUUGGCCCCGUUUACUUGCCAGAGGAUGGCACUCUGAGCAACCUAAGUAUCAAGGUUAUAAUAAUGGUAACAAGAAUUCUUUAGUGUUUCUCAUUCCGGAUGUUAAGAAGUUCUCAAGAAAACGACAUGUGAAAGGAAAUCACUAUUUUGAUUCUGUCACCGACGUUUUGGACAAAGUGGUAUCUGAUCCAACUCUUCUUGACGUUGAGGUAGAAGAAGCACCUAUAGAAGAUGACAACAACGAAGCGCAUGAGUGGAAUCCAGAGAUGGAUCAGGAUAUUCAUUCAGAUCAUCAACGCCAUUGUUAUCUGAAACCGCCGCUUUCAAGUUCUAAUUCAGAUCUAGUGAAGUUUACUGUUGUGGAUACCAGUUUGAUAAAUGGAGAAAGACCAUUCAAGAUGAGAGAUCUAAGAACCUUACCCGUUGAGACCAAUAAUGCUUCUACUCCAUCAAGUAUAUCUGGAGAAACUAUCGGAGUAAGCUUUAAAGAGCGCCUGGACUAUCCAGACUCAGUUGAUAUGUUGGUUGAUGGCACUCAGCAAGAUACUGUUACUAGUAGGCCGAGGAAGGGUAACUCUAAUGCAGAUAAUCUAGUUGGUGUUUCAAGGCAGUGUGUGUCGAUUAAUGGCUCAGUUAUUAGCAGUUUUUCCAUGGAGAAUCACGAGUUUCAGUAUGCUGCAGUUAAUGACAACCAGCAUGUGGGGAAGAUGUCGAGGUGUAUAUUACAAAAGAGAGCAAAAUCUGGAGAGUCAAACUCUAGUGUUCCAGUGAAGAAACGAAAAAAAAUAGGUCCUCGUGCUAAAAAAGAGAGAAGCUUGAGUACAAAUAACAUAUCUACACAUUUUGGAGUAAAAGAAGAGGAGCCCUCUUCCAAUUUAGACUCACCUGACGCCUGUGAACAUAUGGUUCCUGAAGUAUAUCCAUUUCAAGAUAAAGUAUCGUCUGGUUCUUCAACUAAAGAAGACCGACAUGAUAGCAAUGAAAAGCUAGGCAGUCGGAGAGCUGAACAGCGGCCUAUGAUCGAUCUAAAUGCACUACCAGAAUAUGAAGAUAGUGAUCCCUUCUUCAUGGAGGAGGGGGAUUUCCAUUGCGAUGAAAGUACGAAGGGUUUGUCUCUUCCAGCUGAAGUAAUCCAACCAGAGGAUCUUCAAACGUCAGUGAGAACCUCAAAUGGUAUCUCUAGUGCUGAGGAUCAGCCUACUCUUAAUGCCCGCCGACAGAGUUCAAGAAAUCGACCGCUAACCGCAAAAGCAUUGGAAGCUCUGGCUGGUGGGUACAUAACCACAAAUAGGAAAUCAAGGGACAAGAAAUCUGUGUCAAGAGAUAACUCAUUUACAAGGCCCUCUCCUCGAGUCCGUGCAAAGGGUUGUGUUGCUGCAGGGAGUGCCAAUACCAAGGUGGAUGAGAGGGUUGAGGAAGCAUGCAGUAGUAACACUGACAUGCUUAGGGAAUCCCGUAUUCGGUCUGAAAUAGAAGGAUGUGAUGAGUUAAUGUUGAGCUUGAGCUUGAGCCUGAAACUUCCCUAUCAUUCUGAAAUUUUUGCUGAAAGAUACAAUCAACCUGGCUAGGGAGUAGGGACCAACUUGCUGUUCUUUGCUCUCAAGGGUUUUCUUUCAGGAUGUCAGGUUGUUUCUAUAUAAGAGUGAGAUCAGAUUAACUAGUCAAAAUACCCAUGGACAUAAAUCAGGUUCGCCAUUAAAAAAACAGCACAUUUUAAUCGUGUUGCGCAUUAAAACACAACAGUUGUCUAUGGCUUUUUCUUACAUUGUUGAUUUUAUUGACGGCGGUCGGUUCGUGGAUGUACAUUGGUAAAGGUCAGGGAUUUUGGAUUACAGAAAGGAGUAACUAGUCAUAGAAUCUCUGUUGAAGUCGUUAUUGACAAGCAAGCAUGAAGCUUGGGUCCUUCACAUAUUUUAAUUUCUCUAAUGAGAGGGUAUCCAGUCCCAAGUAAAGAAACAACCACCAAUCUCGACCGAGACGAGAAAGACGGAUAAUACAGAAUUACAGCAUGAGGUAAUAAUCAACAUUCUGAUUGCCUCUUUCUUUUGCUUUGCCCUUCUCUUUUUGGGUUGAAACCAUGACAGAUAAACAUGUAAGUGGUAUAUCCACAACUAUUAUCAGAUACUGCACUGAUGUAAUGAAUAGAUAUUACUACCUGUGAUGAUUCUUCUUAAGACUUCA